AUGGCGGAGGAAUCGCACGUUCUUGAGAUCAAUCUCAUCUCUGCGCAAGGACUCAAAGAACCGACGGGGAAGCUCCGGAGAUUGCAGACGUACGCAUCUGUAUGGGUUGACUCCUCCGACAAGCUCCGCACUCGGAUUGAUCGGAUCGGCGCCGAGAAUCCGAUCUGGAACGACAAGUUCGUUUUCCAGGUUUCAUCGGAGUUCCUCUCCAGCGAAACUUCCGGCGUCUCGAUCGAGAUCUACGCCGUCGGUUACUUGCGCGAUCAUCUCAUCGGAACCGUACGUUUCCUCGUGAGCAACUUCCUCCCAACCGCCGCGGAGAGAGUUCCGUCUCUCGUCGCGCUUCAGAUCCGCCGUCCUUCCGGAAAGUUCCACGGUGUUCUCAACAUCGCCGCCAUGGUGAUCGACGCUUCCGAGCUACCUGCUGGUUUCUUCAAGUCCGUCCGAGAGAAAGCGGCGGAGAGCCGUCGGAGCCGAAGGAUGAUGAAGAAGUCGAGAUCCGCGGUCGUUUUGUCGUCGGAGAACGGUUUUGCUGACGACGGCGGAAGUUCGAAGGAGAACUCGUUGAACGGAUCGGUGAAUUUCUCCGACGACGGUACGGACUCGGCGGCGUCUUCUCCGAUGCCGUCUCCGCUCAGAGAUUGGAACGCGGUUCGAAAUAUGGCGGGAAAGAAUCACGUGAGGUGGUCAUCGGACGGCGGAGGAUUGAUGUGCUGUUUCUUGAUGAAGUCGUCUGGUAUGUUGCCGCCAAAACAAGAUAGGAUGGACGGCUGAGAUCUGUUAUCUGAUGAUUCCCACGGUUCAGAUGUCAUUUUGGUUUCUUAAACCACAUAUCCUCUCUACGUGAUCAUUCAUCACUCAUACGCUGUCGUUUAGGUAGUUCCAACGGUUAUGAGUCUCUUUAACGAACUCCAAAAGUUUUUGUAGCAGUUUUCUUUUGUACAUUUUGUUUUUGAGUCAUCAUAUUCAUUCUUUUGUGAACUGUUACAAAUUCCUUUCAAUAUGAACAUGAAGAUCAAUG